AUGCUCCGCAAGAAGACUCGUCCGAUAUCGUGUGCGCCUUCCUUGACCCCCAGCCUCGAGCUCGAUCUCCCACCGCCGACGCUCGAGAUUGAGUGGGCCAGGUCCACGCCCUCCCUUGACCUGAGUGGCAUCUCGCGCAGCCUGUCGAGACUGAGGAAGUCGAGCAUCCCGCGCGGAUCCAAGCCUCCUCCAGCCUCGACCGUCGCGAAGGAAGACCUCGGCGUCAUCCCGGAGACACCGAACGGCCACCAGCUCGACUUCUCCAAGCCUGCUCGGUACUCUGGGCCUCCGGUCGAGAUCGUGCCGACGCACCCGCCCGCGCCGGCCCCCACGAGUCCAACAAGCCUCAACUCUUGGGUGCACGUCCAGGCAACGAGCCCCACAGCUUACCAGCCCAUGUCGCCCUCGAGCCCGACGACGCCAGUCAUGUCGCCGACGCAGGUCACUCCUCCACUCGGCACGACGCCAAUCAGCAACUACUACACGAAGAACAAUACGAGCCUUGACUUUUCGCGCGUGCAGUCUUUCCCCAUGCCGCCCGAACGGGCAAUUCUGAAGCUACCCAGCGUGUCCGACAUCCAGCUGCCUGACAAGUGGGACAUCGACGACGGGCGAAAGUCCGAGUUCCUCGACUCGAGCCUUCCGAACCGCACGUCCAGCCUCGGCCAUGGCCCUCUCCUCAGUCCCACGAGCCAGGGCCACCUCGACGUCUCCAUUCCCAUGGGCCGAGACUAUCUUUCACCAAGCGGGCACGGGCACUCGCCAAGCGACGUCGAGAGCGUGGAAAGCAGCGUCUCCACGAGCGACAACUACUUCAGCACAGUCAGUACCGGCACGCACCGCACCUUUGGCCAGGGGCCGCCGCCACAUACGUUUGAACGGGUCGAGACGUGCAGUCCUUACUACCGACCAGAGGCGAAUGCGAGCACUUUCAGUCUCCAGCAUCGACCACCCGGCCCCUACCCCACCACCCGUCUAUUCUACCCCGCAUCCUCCAUUCUACCCGCGCGCCACUGCCAAGAACGAGCAUCCGUAGAUGCAGUUCCCGGCUUCCCCUCGUCCCCUCCGCCCCGCUCUGGCCGCGCCCAGCACGUUCCAAGCCCUCAAGCAAUCGAUCAGCGACCUGCAGAUCUCGGUGCUCCGGGUCUGGCUCAAGAUUGCGUAUUUCCCGCACUGGCUGUUGUCGGCGCCCCGACCACAGCAUCAUUACAGGCGUAG